GUAACUGUAAUGGCGGAUCUGGAUAAGGCUCACAAGAUGCAGUCAAAAUCUAAUAACAACAUUGGGCAUCCUCAGCCUAGCCCUGAUCUAUCAGAUAAAACUUUGAAAAUGGUAUCUGCUAAAGGUACUCCGCUGAAGGGCGAGCCUGUUCAAAUUGUGAUUGCUUGUGAAAACCAUACAUUUGAACUUGAUGAAGAGGCUUUAGAAAAUAUUUUACUUCGAAAGGAUGUGCAGGACAAAAAAGUUGCAAUUGUGUCUGUUGCUGGAGCCUUCAGGAAGGGGAAAUCAUUCCUUCUUGAUUUCUUCUUGCGAUACCUUAGUGCAGGGGGUGACCCGGAAUGGCUAGGAGAUGAAAAUUCUCCCCUGGAGGGUUUUUCGUGGCGAGGAGGAUCAGAUCGGGACACAACUGGUAUACUUAUGUGGAGUGAGCCAUUUUUUUUAAAACUUAAAGAUGGUGAAGAAAUUGUUGUGCUACUGAUGGAUACACAAGGAGCGUUUGAUAGUGAAUCCACUGUGAAAGACUGUGCUACAAUCUUUGCCCUUAGCACUAUGAUCAGCUCUGUUCAGGUAUUUAAUUUGACCCAAAAUAUUCAGGAAGAUGAUUUACAGCAUUUGCAGCUUUUUACAGAAUAUGGAAGAUUAGCACUGGAAGCCAACGACAACGUUUCCAAGCCAUUUCAAUCCCUUCAGUUUCUUAUUCGUGACUGGAGUUUUCCCUAUGAAGCUUCAUAUGGAGCAGCUGGAGGGAGACAAAUCCUAGAAAAGAGAUUAAAGAUUUCAGACAAGCAACAUCCAGAAUUACAGCAAAUCCGGAAACAUAUCAGCUCUUGUUUUGACAAGAUCUCUUGUUUCCUUCUCCCUCACCCUGGGCUGAAAGUAGCCACUAAUCCUCACUUCGAUGGGAGACUUAAAGAGAUAGAGAGUGAAUUUUUAUCACAGUUGCAAGUCCUAACCCCAAUGCUUCUGGCAAGCGAGAACAUAGUUUUGAAAGAGAUGAAUGGACAGAAAAUCAGGUGCAAAGAAAUGCUAGAAUACUUCAAGGCUUAUAUCAAGAUUUACCAGGGUGAAGAGUUACCAGAACCUAAAUCUAUGCUACAGGCAACUGCAGAAGCAAAUAACUUGGCAGCAGUAGCUAAUGCAAAGUCACUCUACACAAAGUUGAUGGAGGAUAUAUGUGGAGGAGAUAAGCCAUACAUGAAACCAGAACUCCUCAAUCUUGAGCACAGGCGCUGUGUGGAGCGAUGUAUCGACUUGUUUCACUCCACCCGUAAAAUGGGUGGCCCAGAAUUCAGUCAGGCAUUUGAGGACAAGCUCAAGUUGGAUCUCACCGAGGCUUACGACAACUUCUCCAAACACAAUGACUCCAAAAACAUUUUCAACGCGGCACGCACCCCUGCCGUGCUGUUUACCAUUGUGGUGAUAAUGUACAUCAUAUCAGGGUUCUUUGGAAUUAUUGGGCUGGAGACAGUGGCCAACCUGGUGAACAUUGUGAUGAUCAUUUUUAUAAUCUUGUUGCUGACAUGGAUGUACACCCGCUACAGUGGGGACCACCGUGGACUGUCCAUGGCUAUAGAUCAGCUGGCUGAUCUCUUGUGGGAUAACGUGUUGUCACAAGUGUACACAAGAAUAGCAGAGGAGAGUAUAAAUGGAGCACUAAGACAGCAAGGCUUGCCUACAACCAAACACCCAUCAGACAAGAAGAAGACAGCAUGAGAUAUUUUAGACUUUUUCUUUUCAAGUUUUGAGCAGACACUUUUUAAAAUGAUACCCUCACUGUCUAGUUAAAAAGAAGUUAAGUUAUAAAGUUGAGAACUUUUUUUUAGUUUAAAAAUAGUGAUAACAUUAAAAGCUUAGAGAUUUUAUAUAAAUUUACUAACAUGUCAAAUUCUUGUCCUUUGCUGUCAGAUGUAUAUUGUCGAUGUUAUCAUCAGCUGUACUAUUUUCCGAAAAUAAUUUCAGUUCUUCCUUGGAGAGUGAAAAUAACAUUGAUUGUGGAAAUUUAGUGUCUUUAUGCAUGUCAUGAGUUUUUUUUAAACACACAGUAGCCAUAGACUUUUUAUCUUGUGAGAUGUUUUAAAACCAAAUGCAUUUUUAAGUUGUGUAUUUUAAAUUGAAAUACUUCUCAGAGUUGAUAACAUAUUUUUAACAAUUGUUUUGUGUUUUAUAUGCAUGUGUUGCCAAUCAAACAUAAAAAUAUUCACAGAGAUAUUAUUUUUUAAAGUAACUUCUAUUUAAAAAAAUAUUUGAGGUAAAAGAUUUGACUAUUCAGAUUUGAAUUAGAAAUUGCUCUAAUGUGGACCCACCCGUAAUUCACUGUGUAAUUUAGAUAUAGUACAAGCCUUUCAUUAGUUUAUUUAACAUGUUUGUGUGGUUCAUGGGACAUCUAUCUAUCUAAUUGUCAUAUGUAUACAAAUUGUGCCUUAAAUAAUUUUUGCUUAAAGACCUCCAAAUGUACAACUGUUUAACUUUUGGACAUAUUUUGAUUUUGGACUUACUUUUAUUUGAAAAAGGAAAAAUAUUUUAAAUAACUUUUGAAAAUAUUUGUUGAUUUUUAUAGUUAUUUGAUCAAAUUGCUAGUUAGUCUGUAACAUCAUGAUGUCAUUCAUUAUGUUGACAUCUUAUAAUAAAUUCUUCCUCUGUGCAAAUAUUUUUCUUUCAGAAUGGAUGUGCUAAUUGUCUCCCUUGUGUAAAAAAUAGCUCUGUAAAUAUCUGACAUUCCUAAUUUAUUUGUCUAGUUUGUUUUACAAAAACAUUACAUGAUUGUUACAACAUGGUGAAUAAAUAGUGGUUGCAAGCAUUUCAUUCCAGUUCUACUUCAAAGAGUUAUGAGUGCAUAAUCAGUUGUUUUUAAGUUCCAGCAAAAUAUUUUUUUUAUCCCCUGUGAAACAUGACUAUUAGUGAAAAAAAUGUUUGAAAUUUGUCCCAUGGACUAUUUAGUGAUUUGAGGAAUUUUUAUUUUGUAAUUAUUAUGUUGUCUAGUAAAGCCAAAAAAAAAUGAGGGCUUUGACUUGAGAAUGUUGAUGGGCAUUUUUUUUUCACAAGCAUCCUGAAUUAUUAAUUGUUGAAAAUGUACAUAAUUUAUUUCCUCUCAUAUAAUACUCUAAAUUAAUAAAAAUGAAUUGAUUUAAAAAAAAAGACUGUUUACUUUCUGUAUAAAUAAAAUUGACAUAAUUCUAUUACUUGUGAGUAAGUUUAGCCUGCUAGUACUUCAAACUAUUCUUAAACAGUAAUGGUUUUAUAUUAACCUCUAAUUAGGUUUUUUUAUUUCUGUAUGCAGCUACAUGUUUUUGAUUUAAUAAUAAAAUUUGCUUUUUAUUACUUAAAAGCUAGAAAUUCACAUUUGUUAAUAAUUUUAUUCUCUAUUAUAUUUGGUCUGUUAGUUUCAAAAUGAAUAACAUCUAUGCAAAAUGUUUUUGUAGUUAUUAUGUUUGUGCUAAUAUUUUGUUUUGCGUAAAUUUAUAGAAUUUUAAACUAUUUACUGAACAUCAAAAUAAAAGAGUAACUGUUUGGUACCAUUUUUUAAAUGGACAUCAGAAUGAAAUGAUAACUUUUUAUAUAAAUAUAUUGCUUUUAGUACACACUUAAAUAUAAGUUCAGGUUAAGAAAAUAUACUUAAUUUCUAAAAUAUUUGUUUAAAUUAACAGGAAUAUUUUUAAAAUACUGGUUAUGGUUUUUUGUUUUCUAGUCCUUUAAAAAAGUGUCACUUGUGUGUUUAAAAUUUUUGUUCAUUAGAUGUGCAAUAAUAGUCAACCUGGUUUUUUUUGUCCCUUCGUCAUUCCUAGACAUCUCUACCCUUGAAUUUCAAAAAUGCAAAUUAACUUUAACACUCCGCUUUUGUCUAACCUGUUUACAUGGUAGAGAACUUCGUGUGUUAAUCACAGUAUAUAAUAAUUUUAGAUACACAAAUUAAAAGAAUUGCCCUUCCCCACAAACUAUAUUUUAUAGGCCUUAAGGUGAGAUUAGCUCUAGCAUUGAGCAUUUUUAAUUUCUAUUUUGUAUGAUGAUCUGUGAGUGUUUUUCUACAUGAACUGCAAAUGUGAUUUGACCUCUAAAUUAUUUUUGACUUGAUAAUAUUUUAGAUUACGACUCAAAAUUAUUUGUUUGGAAUAAGUGUUUUAGAAGAGUGGGAGUUUUUUUUUCAAAUUAUGAUUCCAGAUUUAUUAAUAGCAUGAUAAAAAAAAAUUAAGACAGAUUAUUUGGAACUCUGAUUUUGUUGACAGCAUGAUUAUACUAUAAGGUUAAUUUUUAAAAAUAAAUGUCUUUGACUGCAUCCAGGCUACUUGAUUGAUAUAAGGAACUGUAAAUAAGUUUCAUGUAAUUAAUGUUGAAUUUAAAGAGAAAAA